AAAAAAAAACACAUGUUGCACAAAGUGACAAAAAUAAUGACCUUCUCGUGUAUUAUUAGUUCAGGAAAACCAUUGCAGAGCUUUGAAAAGGUGUUUGAGCUCUAACAGGUUUAACCUAAUUUUGCUUUAUUAAGAACAAGGAAUUCUUUUCAAGCUUAUAAAAAGUUGAUAUAAGAAGAAGCCGGAGCAAUGCAACCCCCCCCAACCACCUUCUUAACAACAGUUUUCCAAGGAAGUAUUUCAUGUCAACAACCACACCCAUGUCUAAGAACUAAAAUGAAACCAGUUGGAUAGCUUUAUCUUAAGAGUUUCACUUAGAGAUCAUUAAAUCUAUCAGUCGGGAAAACUGUUUCUCAACUCAACUGAACUACAGUUGAAGGUAUUAUCCACAAGAAAACAAUAAACACAUAAGAGUGCUGAACUUUUACACUUCCAGAAAUGGCUGCCAAAAUUAUUCCCAAGAGACAUCAGGAGGUUGAUCAGAUGACACAAAACAAUGUUUAAACCUCUAAAAAAAACAUACCAAUCCAACAUCAACAAAAUUCCAAUUUGGAGAGAACUAAUCUGAUUCUAGAUAGCUCGGAAAUUCUCCAGUUUUGGUAGACAUCAACUUUGCAAAGAGUUAGCCACAAUUUCAUGGCAGCAAUGAGAAAGAUUCAUUGUUAACUAAGGCAUAUUUUGUUGUAAAGAGUGCCACAACCAGCUACUAGGUGCAAGAGGCAAAUAUUUCUUCAUAUUGGUUCAUUUGAAUAGCUAUAAAAACUGUAUUUCGUGUUUUCCCAUGGUUAUCUUUAUCUUAUAAUAAGAUAUGUUUAGGCAAAUAACAAAAAAUAAAGAAGGAUAAAUCUAUAUAGAGGGGAAUGCCUUUUGUAUCUAGCUGUGUUACCCGGUGGAAAUCGGUGUCUAUUCUGUUUUUUUGGAUGUACAGUAUAUCCUCAAAAUUAUCUGCUUGGUAUAAGUUAAUCAUCUUUAAACACAGAGUUUGUUCUCUCCCUUCUCCUUAGACUCUUUUGUUGUGCUCAGGGUGGAUUUCCUAAGUAAAGUCUGUUAGUUCACCAGACUGCCCCAAUGAGGUAAAAUGUGCUUGCUCAUCCUUUAUCAGAAGGAGUGCAUGAGUCAGCUCUGCUUUGUUACACCCAUGGUGGUUGCAACACACUUACAAACACGCAAACACACACACACAGAUACACAUACACACACUCCCUGUAUUUCUCCCUCCCUCUUACAUACGCACUCACAGGCCAUAUGACUGAGUCAAGUUCAGUUUUUAGUUUGUAGCUGAGCUGUGAUAAGGCAUUCUGGGAAACAGCCUGGUUGGACGGCAUUCCAUUUACCAAAAUCCAUGUCUGCAAGGCUGCUGGAACUUUCUUUAACACCUUAGAGAGUUGAAGAAAGCCAGCUUUCUAAGAUGUCUGUGAUGGCUGAGACUACCCCAUGGUCGUCUGUGUUUACAUUUGAGUCCACAGUGCAUUCCUCCCAGGUGCUGCACCGUCUGAAUGAGCAGCGCUGCCGGGACAUGUUGUGUGAUGUGACGGUGCUGGUGGAGGGUCAGAGUUUUAGAGCCCACCGCUCUGUGCUCGCUUCCUGUAGCGAGUACUUCUUGCAAAAGAUCUCUUUCCUCUCCCAACAUGGAGCAGUGAUUACUUUACCAGAAGAGGUGACAGUGGAUGGAUUUGAACCAUUGCUGAAGUUUGCCUACACAUCCAAACUCAACUUUGGAAAAGAGAAUGUUUUAGAAAUACGAAACUCUGCCUCGAUUCUUGGCUUCAAGGACCUGGAUGAGGCAUGUUUUGAUUUCCUCCUGCCAAAGUUCUUCUCAAGACGCAACGGCUCUGCUCCCAUUGUGAAAAAGACCUGUUGUUCCAAGGAAUGUAAGAGGCGAUUAUCAAAGGAAAAUUGUGGCACAGACUCUGACGAUGUGCUGUUGGAUGACAAAGAAGUAAAACCAGUCGCUGACUCACCACCCAAUCAGGACAUGACAUGGGACUGUGAAAAAUCAGUGAGCAUAAAAACGGGAAGUCAAACUAGCACAGACAGUUUUGGCUCUGUAGCCGAAGGGUUAAUUGACCCAGUCAUACAAGGUCCAAAGUAUCGCAAGUUCCAGUUAGCUUGUGAGAAAGAAUUGUUUGCCAGUGAAAAAUGUCCCUUGACUCCUGCGUCUGCAGGGAUAAGGGGUGACUGUGUCCCCUCCUGCUUUCCGUGCCCCAACAAGACACACUGUAAAAGGGAAACUGUGGUUAAUUUCACUGGAAAUCCAACCUCCAACCUUGCCAUAGAGAACAAAGUUGAAGCAGAGCAGUUAUGUGAAACUGAAAAGCACAAUUUGAAAUCAGAGAACUAUGGGAGCAAAGUCGUAAUCGAUACUUCUAAAGAAGACACAUUUAAACAGGAAGGGAAGCAGGGAUCCAAGGGAGAGAAGAACAUUUGGUCAAAUGAAGAAGAGAUGGAAUAUACAUCAGAAAUUAUCUCAUCAGUGAUACCAACAGUCAAGACACACUCCCAAAAGCCAAGCACAGUCCUCUGUGAGGGAUUAUCAGGGACCUUUUGCCCCUUGAGGUGCUUCGAUGUAGACUCCACAAUCUCUCAGUCAAUGGGGCAUAAAAUGCACGUUGUCAGCAUUACAGAAAGUAAAACAUCAAGAGACCAUGGUUCAGUAAAGACAUGCUCCACUUACCAAAAUGCAACGUUAGAAGAUCAGGAAAAAAACACAGAUGAUGCUAGUCAACUAGGAAGAAUAGAUCUACCAACAGCAAACACAAAUAGAGCUGCCAUCCUUCAAGAAAACUGUAGAGAAAGAAGCACACUGAAGACAGAGAGUAAAAAUCACCAUAGUGAGCGAUCAAAUAUAAGUAAAGACACCUACCAGCAAAAUAUCCUUGACUGUAAAGCAGGAUGUUCAACCGAUGCAUAUGGUGGAUGGGGGCAGAGCUCAUCUUUAGACUGGUCAACUCCUCAGAACAACCUUGGUUCCACCAAAACUGGGUGCCCAUUUUAUAUGGAUUAUGACCAAAUGAACUGUGGAAUAUCUGAGUAUGAGGGGACACCUCCAUCAUGUGUGUCGUCGGUAAACUCAGGGGAAGACGGUGAUUCAGAGGCGGAAACAGAGGGAGACAGCGAGUUCUCCACAAAUGAGAGGGCCCUACAGGUGCAGUUGCCAUUCUCUGUGGACUGGAUUGUGAAUCUGAACCGUAAUGACUUUCAACAUCUGCUGAAGCAACAUACUCUUACCCAAGAACAACUGGAGUUUGUCCACGAUGUUAGAAGGCGCAGCAAAAACCGCCUUGCAGCUCAGCGUUGCCGUAAAAGAAAGCUGGACUGCAUAUAUAAUCUACAGUGUGAAAUAAAUAAGCUGAAGACAGAAAGAGAGAAAUUAAUCAUGGAAAGGAACCAGCUGACCCAGAGGAAAACGGAAACAUGUCACACUGUAAGCACCUUGUGUCAGAAGGUCUGCAGCGAAGCCAACCUACUACCAGAGCAGCUCCAGGUGUUAGCCAGCUGUGCCUCUUUAGACUGCCCACUGUCCUCCUUGCUUCCUCAAAUAGAUGCACUUCUGUCACAACAUGGAUCUCCGCUUCAUCCCCCGAAUGCAGCAUCUUAGGAUCAUACAUCCAUCUCAGCAUAGAUACAGACACAAGACAACUUUAACUCUAUAUAGAAAUUGCAAACAUGCGAAAGCCAACUUACAGUGCACUGAUUACGAUGACCAUUUAAGGGCAUCAUUCUUAUACAAGGACUUUAUCAUGCAUCAAAGUACAAAAACAUUUGGUGAUUCUAUUUCACAAGGGCAACCAGACAUAUCAGAUUGUGUGAACUGCAGGUUCUUUACAGUAUUUGUAUUAUCUUGUAUCAUACAUUGUGAGUUAUUAUAUUUACAUUUUUGAGUCUACUUUAGGUUUUAUAGCAUUACACACAAGCAGCUUUUUCCUAUCAGCAAUACAAAUGAUUGCCUUUCAUGCAAUUCUGUCAGGGAGUAGAAAAAGUGCCUUUUUCUUUUUAUCUACAUGUCCGUACAUUAGAAACUAUGUGCUCACCUGGAACACAUAGUCCAAGAACUGUAGAAAUAUGACUUUACACUGCAGCUUAUGAUGCUGAUGUUUAUAUCAAAAUCCCCAUUAAGCACUGAACAUGAGGGUUAAUUCACUUUUUAAGAAAUCUAGGAUUCAUUUUCUAUCUCUAAUUCAAAAUCCAUAAUAGAUGCAGUUUUGGAUUUAUAAAACUUUUUUCAUUUGAAGAUGGGAAUUUCUUAUACCUCAUUAGCAUUAACUUGAAGCUUAGAUCUAAAAAAGCACUAAAACAUAGUUUAAAUAUUGGACAUAGAUGUUUAUAUUUAUAACAGAUAAUUUCAAUUUGAUGCAGAAAAGGAAAGGAAGGCGGGGGUUGCUCAAGGUACUAUUUGUAGCCACUGGCCUUGUAAAAAGCAAAAUAACAUAGAUAAAGAGAUUAAAGCAUCUCAGUGUGCAUUAAAGGCUCGUUUUUACAUCAUCUUUUUUCAUACUUUUUCUCUCAAAAGCAAGUCUCUAUUUCAAUCUUUUAAAGUGAUGAAUAAUUAAUCAAACAUUCAUUUGUUCCUCUUCUUUUCUAUCUAUUCCUUGUGUGCUUAAGAGAGAAACAAAUACCAAAUAACUCUGGGAUGAACACCUCUCCCCUCCAACAAUAUGGAGGCCAUCAUGGUACAAAAUGGCUUCCACAACCUCCUUACCUUUUUGUGAAGUGAUGAUGAUUACAUCAGAUCACAGCUUUAAAUCCAUACAUUUUUCAGCACUGUUGCCUAAAGUACUUUGAUAAUUAUAAACAAUUUAGGAGAUGAGAAGGCAUCAUGAAUUGACCAGGGUUUUAGUGAAUGAGGCCGCAAAGGCAAGCUUUUUAAAUCAAAAAGGAGGAAAGAGAAAAUAAUGUUGACAAAGGAUCAAACAUGAAUGCUUUAUCUUAAUAGGUUGAGAAUGGCUUUUUAAAAACCUGUUUUAAUUUAGCCUUGGUAGGACUGUUUUAUAUCCUACCUCCAGCACAGUAACGGACCAGCUGAUGCUUUCUCUCUUCCUGCUCUGGCCGCACGCUCCUCAGAUCCUCUAGCCUUGGCCUGUCAUUGUCUCUUCCUGCUUUGUCGCCCUGGCGGGCUCCUACAAUGUCACACUGUCCUCCUCACGGUAAGCCAGAGCCGCUCUCCACUGUCUUCAGAUUUCGCUCUGCCUGGCACACUAAUACGAUCUUCCACUGUUCUGCUUUGAUUCUCUGUGGUGCCCAGGCCACUUAUAACCUCUUCAGGCCAUCAGCACAGUUUCCCCGCAGGCCUCUCAGAGCUGCCCUGUGCUCCUCAGCUCUCUUCCUGAGCUAGCUGUGGCUCUGCUGCUGUGGUUCCUUAGCCACAGAGAGCGGCAUAGCUGACCGGCUCGUCCAGGUUAUAGAGCUUUCUCAGCCACUGUUGUCAUAAUGAUUCCUCGUUGCUUCUGCCUGAGCUCAGGAACACUGUCUUGCCUUACCUCUGUUCUCCAGGUGAUUCGUCUUCCUGCUUAGAUCAAAACAAACAUGGACCAAAGACAGAAGAAAGAUUUAUUUUGAAACUUUUAUAUUUAUAAAUGUAUGAUGACAUUGUGGAAAUAUGAAUUGGAAAAAUGAAUCCCCAUUUGUCUUACAUGCUAAAAUACCAAAAAAUAUUGCUCUUAAUUUUUUAUUGUGUAACUUUACAAACGGCACCUUAUACAAGGGAAACACAAAGAUUGAGACUUUAAGCUCAAGGUGAUAAUAAAAAAAAUACAUUUAGAUAAUUUAUUACAUUUAUGUCACUAAACCCCUGUGAUUAUUACACACUGUACCUUUAAACAAAUUGUCCCUGCACACAACUGGAUGCACAUAAAGCUAAGGCUAGUUCUUGAUUAGAAGCCAAUUAUUUGGUCCCAAAUUAUAGGUCUUGCCGUUUUAAUUAUUUCUUGGUAUUAAAAACAAACUUAAAUGUAUCUAAAAUUUCAAGGUGACACCAAGUCACAGUGUCUGAGCUAAAUCUAAACAUGCAUUAAGUACCAUGUUGUACUGGCUUAAAAAAAGUAAAAGUUUAGAAGUCCUUUAUACAGCCUAGAACACAAUUGUUAAAUACCAAAAGUUUUAGAGAAAGUCUGGCUACUUUAACACAAGCAGAGAAAAAAUAUUAGAUUUCUACCAUUUCUAUCAUGUCAAAUUCAUGAUUAAAUAUAACUCUUUGGCUACAAUACAUCUUUCUUAAAAUUUGUUCUUUCAAUACCUCAGCAUGGCUUAGUUAUUCCCUUUAUAUUAAUGCACUUCAACAUAUAUAAAGCUUUGCUGCAGAACAAUUCUCAGGUAUUGACAGGAAACUGUCUUUCUUCCAGGCAGCAUUAUUUAAGCUUUCUUACACAGACUCAAGCACAUCACUGCAUUUUGCACCAAAACCACACAGCUCUCCAUAAAAUACUUGAUACAGUGUGCUAUGUUUACUUUUUGGAUGGUUUGACUGUCUUUUUUCUGGCUGUCAUUGUGGUCUCGCUGCCUUAGCUAACCACAGUGACAAAGCUCUUUUUGGGAUCAUGGACCUCUCAGAGCUCUAAAAAAAAACCCUACUUACACACGUCUACCUUCAUUUAACUCUUACAAAAAAAAAAUAAAAAAAAAUUGCCCUUUUCAAAUUUAGGGAGAAAAGCCAUUCCAUUUAGCAAUCUAUUACUCUGAAAAGGCUGGAGAAAAAGACUUUGUUUUCUUUAAGUAUUGUAGUUCACCCUACAUUUUAAAAGCAUUGGUUGUUACAGGUUAUCUUAACUAAAUUUAUCUAAACUACUGAUAAAGGCUGAUUUAACAAAUUUAAGCUAUUGAUUAUAAAGAACAAGUUAAUUUAACUUUUUUCUAUUUAAAGGAUUCAUUUCCUUUUACUUCACUUAAAAAAAUCUAAUAAGAUUAAUAAGAUUUUUUAAAUCUUACAUACUGAUUCCCCUCAGUGUCCUAAGACCACAAUGUUUUUUUUCCAAUAAAGUUUUUUGUCUUCUAUGUUUUUAUAUUUUAGUUGAUUCAUGCUUUGUACCAGCUGUUAUCUGCUUUGUUUUCCUUCAUCAGCAUUUGUAUAUGAUUUCAGUUUUAUGUAUUUUUUAAUAUGUGUUUAAUUCAUUUAUUUUCUCUUCUUUGCAAUAUUCAUGAAGAAAACCACAAAGCAGAAUUUAACUAUAAACUGGACUUUUACACUACUUUCUUAUCACUGUGGUGUUGACUGCCCUCCAGUGGCCAUGCAUCAUCACUGAAGGUUAUCCUCUCUCUAUGUGAAUUGUAUGGUCCUUCAUCUCUUGUAUAUUUAAUUUAUGUGAUCUUUCUUUUGUUCCUUAACAUA